CCAGGAGUAUCGGGUCUAAAUAAUGCUUAGAUAUCUUUCAAUGAUAGUGCCACGGAAAGAGUUCAGUUGCCAGUGAGGCCUGCCAGGAUGGUCAGGGCAGCCUGCAAAAUUCUCGUCCUCACUGGGCUGGGGGCCGUGUUGCUGGCCUGGUACUGGGGAGAAUCCUUCGAUCCAGCCCGUGUUUCUGGAGCCAAAGUCCUGCUGACAGGAGCCAGCGCAGGCAUCGGGGAGCAGAUGGCCUAUCACUACGCCCAGCUGGGGGCCCACAUCGUGCUGACGGCACGGAGGGAGGCUGUGCUGCAGAGGGUGGCCGAGACAUGCCGGACCCUGGGGCCUGGGAAGAUCCACUACAUCGCAGCUGACAUGGCCUUGCCUGACCAUCCUGAGCGGGUGGUGCAGUUCGCCCUGCAGAAGCUGGGGGGACUGGACUACCUGGUGCUGAACCACAUUGGUGAUUACCCGUACCGACUAUGGGAUGGCAACGUGGAGCGCUUGCACUGGCUCCUGAAGGUGAAUUUCUUGAGCUAUGUCCAGCUGGCCACCACAGCUCUGCCCACUCUGACCAAGAGCAAAGGCUCCGUGAUUGUCGUCUCCUCUGUCCUGGGGAGGAUCCCCACCCCAUUCUCCACCUCCUAUACGGCCUGCAAGUUCGCACUGGAGGGCUUCUUUGGCUCCCUGCGGCAUGAGCUGGCCCUGCGGAAGGCAGACGUGUCCAUCACCAUCUGCAUCCUGGGGCUUGUGGACACUGAGUCAGCCAUGGAGAAAAUCAGGGGUGUAGUAUACCACCCAGAUGUAGCGUACCACCCAGCCUCUCCAGCCCCCGAGGCUGCCCUGGCCAUUGUGAAGGGAGGGGCCCUGAGAGCCUAUGACACCUUCUACCCGCCACAACUGCAGCUGCUAACCCUCAUCCGGGACUGGUUUCCCCGGCAGAGGGACUGGCUCAUCUUGCAGCAGUUCAACCACUCGGCCCCCUGAGACAGCCCCCCACCCACAUUCCCUCCCCCUCACCUAGGGGGACCCCAUUUUGAAGCCCACCUCACGAAAACCAAGUCGGCCAUUCUGGGGGCUGCUGUUUCCCUCCAGCUAGGGCAGCCAUGGGUUGGUGGCCCGGGUGCCCGGAAGAGGUGCUCGGGGAAAAUAAAGGCGCCGUUCCAAUUCA